AUGAGCUCCCAGCCCAAAAUUCUUCUUCUUGGCUCUGUUGACCUUGCGAAAGAGGCUUGGAAUGCACUUAGCUCACUUGGAGAGGUUAUACAGCCAACUUCGACAAACCGGGCAGAUUUUCUUCAAGAAUGCCGGGAUGGGAAGCUCGACGGCGUGGUAGCAGCCUACCGUACCUUCCAUUCAACCUCCGUCACCGGCUUGAUUGACCAAGAAGUGGUAGAUGUACUACCUAGCUCUCUUAAAUUCAUUGCCCAUUGCGGUGCCGGAUAUGAUCAAAUCGACGUUCAUGCCUGCAAAGCCCGCGAUCCGCCUAUACGAGUCUCUAACGUUCCUACGGCCGUAAACGAUGCCACGGCAGAUGUGAACAUGUUUUUAAUUCUCGGUGCUCUUCGCAACUUCAACACUGGCAUGCACGCCUUGCGCGAGGGCAAAUGGCGAGGCCAACCUCCUGCCACUCUCGGGCAUGACCCGGAAGGCAAAGUCCUUGGAAUAUUGGGCAUGGGUGGUAUCGGGCGCAACCUUAAGAAGAAAGCGGAGGCUUUUGGGAUGAAAGUCAUCUAUCACAAUCGCAUGGCGACUGAUCAAGCCAAGAAACACACUUAUCACAUCAUCGGCGCUGCUGAGUUUGCCAAGAUGAAGGAUGGGGUUGUUGUUGUCAAUACUGCUCGUGGCGCAGUCAUGGAUGAGGCUGCUCUUGUUGAAGCCCUCGACAGCGGCAAGGUCUUCUCUGCCGGUCUUGACGUUUUUGAAGAGGAACCAAAGGUUCAUCCGGGGUUGCUCCGUAACCAAAACGUGAUGCUGGUACCCCACAUGGGUACUUGGACUAUCGAGACCAUGACUGCGAUGGAGGCAUGGGCAAUUGAAAAUGUCCGACUUGCCUUGGAGACUGGCAAGCUCAAGAGCAUUGUCCCUGAACAGAGCGACCUGCACCCUGCCACCGCAACCCCCACCAUGGCCGAAUACUGGAAAUCAGCACCUCGAUUUUGGUGCAAACAAUGCAAGAUCUUCAUCCGCGACACUCCCUUCGAGAAGACCCAGCAUGAGGCCAGCCCCAAGCACCAAGGCAACCUGAAGCGAUUCCUUCGUGACAUUCACAGAAAUAAUGAAAAUAAAGAGAGAGAGACGCAACGAGCGAAGAGCGAGGUGGAGAGGUUGCGACAAGCUGUCGCGGGCGAGUCUUCCACCCCAGGGCCGUACCGCGCAGACUUGGCUCUUGCCGGAAACUGGCAGACCGUCUCGGAGACAAAGAUUAUGGAACCGGAUGAGGUGGCUACGAAGUCUAUCGGAGUGCGCAAGCGUAAACUCAACGAGGAGGAGGUUGAUGAAGAGGGUGAGCCACUGGAACAAUAUGAGCACAAAGGAUGGGGGUCGCGGAUGCGAUCACAUCCCGUUGGUCGUCAAGACGACGAUGAUUUGGAUGCGCUUCUUGCCUCUACAACAAACUUGAAGAAAACGAAAAACCCUAAGACUGGAAUGGGAAAUGAGGAAGCUCCGAAACCUGAAGUCUUACCCAAGUCGGAGGAAGCACCAGAGCCAACUCCAGAAGCAGCCAGCACCAUCGCGAUCAAGACCGAGGAAGGAGUUGACACUGCAUUGCCUACCAACGAAACGCCUGCCAGUGAAAGCGCGCCUGGAGUUGUUUUCAAAAAGCGAAAGCCCAAAGUUAUGAGGAAAUAA